AUGCAGGAGCUGCUGGGGGGUCAGCAUGCCAAGGGCUCAAAUGCCUUUCGCACCCCUAGAGUACCCCAAGCCCCAAAAGUGCUGAAGACGUCCACAUCCACCACCCAGGUAUUUACUCCGCCUGUUUCCGCCACCACAAGUUCUACCACGUCUAUUGUGCCUGCACCUGUUACACCCACUGCACCUACCGUCUCUCAUGCAGUGCCCGCUGUUGUGGCUGCUGCACCUGCCAUCCCUUGUGCAGCUGUGUCUGACAUAGCUGCAAAGGAUCCUCCUGGUUGUAUCAACAACUGGCUUGGUGGCCUUCCCCCCCCCAACCCCCGCAGCCGUGCUUCCUCCCAUGAGCGCAACUGUCAUCUCCCACAGCAAGAGCGCCGGUGGAAGCAAUUGAAGCCAAGACUUGGCGAGUUCCUCCCCAUCAUGCGGGACUUCAAUAUUAAACUAGACAUUGGCCUCAGUACGGAAGCUCCCUCUGCUCCCCCUGCUCCUCCUCCCAAAGUCUCCCAGCCAGAAACACCUGUUCCAAACCCAGAACAUGUCCAUUGA